AAACAUGUUUUUCAGGGCAUUUUUUAUAAAGGGGAACAAAUGUCAGCAUUGGACACACAACGGCAACUGAUCAUCUUUAACAGGUGUGAGAGACUGACCCAUCUGUCUCAGCUCACUGUGAAACAAUGACAAAAAAAUCCAGCAUAUUUCAGGGGUCCAUUCUGACUAUGAUUGCCUUGGGGUUAGGCACUGGGGCUUUGCUGAAAUUUCGCUUUAGUGUAUCUGAAGGCACAAGACUGUUGCUUGAAAUGGCAGGAGAUGUGCUUCUAAACCUGCUUCAGAUGUUCGCUGUGCCCCUCAUUGUGACAAGCGUGAUUGCAGGCGUAACUGCAUUAAACACCAGAUUGUCUGGGAAAACAGCCGUCUACAUAUUAAUCUACGUUUGUUGCACUACCACUCUGGCUGUAGUUCUCGGACUGUUUCUAGUGAUCACGCUUGAGCCUGGUACGGAAUCAAAAGCUGAAUAUUCUGAAUCGCAUGUCCCAGAAUACUCUAUGCAUCUGGUUUUCAUGGAUAUUUUUAGGAACAUGAUUCCAGAGAGCUUUGUUCAGGCUUUCUUUGAGCAUUACCAGACAGUGGUUAUUGACAUCAGUCCACAAGACAAUACCAUCAUCUUUGACCCAAUAAAAGGGGCCAAUGACUCGACGAUGCAACUGAUGGGCCGUUAUGUUGCUGGAGCCAACAUGCUAGGACUGAUCACCUGGUCUUUCGUUGUCGGCAUCCUGUUAAACAGGGUGGGAGUCCAGGCAAAAGUUACUGUGAAGGCCGCUAGAGAAAUGAACGAUGCAAUAAAAAUCAUAUUCAAGUAUAUCCUGUGGUACAUGCCAAUUGGAACUUUUUUCCUGAUGAUAGGCCACGUGUUUCAAAUUGAAGACUGGAAUGCUGUCUUUAAACUUGGAAAGCUCAUACUGGUGCUUUUUCUAGGGUUUGCACUUCACUCCCUCGUUGUUCUUCCCUUAGUUUACUUUGUGUUCACCAGACAGAACCCUUUUAUGGUCUUUCGGCAUAGCUACAGAGCUUUGGUAAAUGCAGUUAUGAUGGCAUCCAGCUCUGCCACUCUGCCUAUCACUCUUCAGUGCUGUGAAGAGAACAUGAAGGUCGAUGUGAGAUUCUGCCGUCUCACGUUGCCCAUCGUCUCCACCAUCAACAUGAAUGGGAUGGCGAUCUACGAAGUGAUCGCUGCUGUCUUUAUUGCCGAGCUAUCUCACAUCAACCUGGAUAUCCACCAUAUAUUCUCCAUUGGUUUGACUAGUGCUGUCGCCAGCUUUGGAGCUGCAGGUGUCCCAAUGUUGGGACCUGCAAGCACCGUCCUGAUUCUGACAGCUGUGGGACUGCCUGCAAGGGAUGUCUCCAUUCUGAUGGUCUUUGAGUGGUUUAUAGACCAUUUCGCCACCAUGGUGAAUGUACUGGGUGACUGCUUUGGUAUGGGUGUCAUCAGUCAUCUGUGCCAGAAUGAGCUGAAAAGCCUGGACGACGGCAUGAACAUUAAUCCCUUUCAUCAGAUCGAUUUGGACUUAUGUUUGGAUCCUAAUGAACAGUUCAUCCCCUCCACGCCCCCUCCUCCUUCUCCCCUUCAAGAUCCAUUUCACCUAAGUGAGUGAGGGGAUCGUCUCAGCACCAUAUUAACACCAACAAGCUGAACCCUCAGGAUUGGGACGUCAACAUCCUGGGGUGUCUGAGCUGUUCAUUUCCUUGUUUACAUACAUUUCCAGUAGGAUGGUGUCAGUUUAUUCAUUUGUAUUUAGCUUCUCUGGUAUUUCAGUUUUUUGUA